AUGGCUGACAUUGCUAAGAUGGGAAGAUUCGCUGGAGUUACCAGCCAAGCGAACUUUCCACUUCUUACUUGUUCUCUAGGAGGACUUGGACUUCUGUUCAUGGCCUGGUUCUUAGUAUAUGAGGUUACUUCCAACAAGUACACUCGUAACAUCGUGAAAGAGAUCAGUAUGGCUGCCUUCUCUUCCAUUCUCCUCGGAGUAGGUUCUCUCUUCCUUCUCCUGUGGGUAGGAAUCUAUGUUUGA